AUUCUCUGGUUUUUGGGCAUUCCUUUAUUUCGUUGGAUUUUGUUACUUAACCAAUGCUUGGAAUAAAUCAGAAACACCGAAAAAUAAUUAUGGAGUGAACAAUGUUCAAAGCGCUAUCGCUUUUUCCUUUUUCUCCAUUUUUACUUGGGCUGCCUGUGCAUGGUUUGCGUUUCAAAGAUUCAAACAAGGAACCGAUGCUGCAUUUGCACCAAGUUAUGAAGCAGAUCCUGUUGGUGGAACAGGAUAUACAAGUUAUCCUGAUGCGACUGAUACUGGUUAUCAAGAACCGCCUUUUGGCCAACAACAACAACAACAACAACAACAACAACAACAACAACGGAUGCCCGAUUUUCGAGCUCCAGCUUAUUAAUUCUGAAAUAUAAUUUAUCACUAUCGACACAACGUAAAAAAAUAAUAG